AUGGAUAUGGAAAUGGAAUUAGUUAAUGGUGAUAUCACAUUCACUGCUCCUGAAAUCUUUCUCACUCACAAGCAUGGGCCACCGGUAGAUAUGUGGGCGCUUGGAGUGCUACUGUUUAUCAUGGUCUCUGGAGUAGAGCCUUUCAAGCGGGAGAACGAGAUGGACUCAUUUCGAGCCAUUCUCAAGGGUGAAUUCAGCUUUGAUGGAGCAGAGUGGCAGGGCAUUAGUAUGCAUUGCAAAGAUCUCAUUCGUCGACUUCUUGUCGUGGAACCAGUGAUUCGUCUCACUGCCAUCCAGACGACGAAUCACAAGUGGAUUUCAGGAGAGGAAACUGCCGAACACAUUCUACCCGAAAUUCCCUACCGCUUGGAGAGCUUUAACCAGCGUUGCAAGGAACGGGCAGAAUACUGGAAGUCCGUGAAAUCUAUGCUUCCAGAAGAUCAUUUGGAACGACCUUUAGUCAAAGAUGCCUCUUGUAUUGCCUUGCGAAAUUGCGAGAGUGAACACAAUGCUACGCUGAACAAACUGCUCUACUGA